UCCUUUCGGUGUGGCUUCACUUGUAAUUGCCUUAGAGACACUUUCACUUUUUUUUAACAAUCCCCUUUCAAAAAAGCAUACCGUUUCCUUGACCAAUAUAAGAAAUAAGUGAACGGUUUCGCUUUCUAAGAAUUCUUUUGCGCUCAUUUUAAUUAUAUUGUGUUUGUUCUCUAGUUGUUCAAUGAAGAACUGCAAUGAAUGUUGUUUACCCAGCAGGUGGAUGUGACGUCAAGGACUUGGAACAUCAAAAAAUAACAAAUCCAAAUCCGCGAUUCCCCUUGUCUUUCCAGGCGCAUUAAAAUAUAUUAUCAAUGCAAGCAGCUCUGCUUCAGAUUUGAGAGAGAAGGUGGGCUGAAACUGUGUAGAUUCCUGAUCAGAAACAGUGCUUUCUGUGUAUCCUGCCGGAGAAUCCUUGUUGCCAGUUGAAGUUAGUCCCCCAAGCGGAGUAAUAUUGUUAUUUACUGUGUGGUUGUUGCAUGCUUUCUUGGUACACAAGAUCACAUGUGAGUUGAUUGUUACAAGCAAGCCCAGACAUUUAUCUUCAGCGUUGAUCAACCAUUUUCGCUCUCGUAUCAGGUGAUCUUCUCUUCACGUCCGUUUCCUGAUGUGAAGACUUCAAGUCCAGUAGGGUUCACACUUGGUUCUCACUGAAUUGGUGGAAUGUCCAUUUUACCUAGAAAAGUAAGAAAGGCUCCUACCUGACCAUCCUGUGUCAAAUCUCUUCUAAUAAGAUACAUGCCUGGUACAGUUCAUGUAUAUUUCAAUCAAUCACCUCCUACUGUUGACAAUAUGCACUUGGACGCAAGCAGUUGUCAGGUUAAGAAGAGCAAACUUUGAAGGUGGCUGUAACGGAAGACUGCUUUAAACAAGCAACUGCUUGAAGAAGGUUUUUAAGUCAUAAUGCAAGAAUCUGGGUCUGAGGCGACAAAUAACGGUUCGGCCAGUCAGAACGGUGCAAGCAGUGGCAACCCCUUUACAGACUGCAGCUUAAGGGAAGUGAGAUCGAAUGGUGAGACCCCUUCUCUUGAAGUCUCAGCAGCUGAUUUAGUGCACCUGCAGCAACAUCAGGCUCUUCAAGUUGCACGACAGCUCCUGCUGCAUCAGCAACAACAGCAAGGCUCGGGACUGAAGUCACCCAAAGGGAAUGACAAGCAGACAGCUCAACAGGUUCCAGUAUCAGUGGCUAUGAUGACACCUCAAGUGAUAACUCCUCAGCAAAUGCAGUUUAUUCUCCAGCAGCAAGUGCUGACCCCCCAGCAGCUCCAGGGCUUGCUGCAGCAACAGCAGACGCUUAUGUUACAACAGCAGCAACUCCAGGAGUUUUAUAAGAAACAGCAGGAACAGGUGCAUCUUCAACUUCUACAGCAACAACAUGGUGGGAAACAGAGUAAAGAGCAACAGGUAGCCGCUCAGCAACUGGCCUUCCAGCAGCAGCUUCUGCAGGUUCAGCAGCUUCAGCAGCAGCACCUCCUGAACCUCCAGCGGCAAGGCCUGCUUACCAUCCAGCCAGGCCAGGCUUCCCUUCCCGUACACCAGCUGACUCAAGGCAUGAUUCCAGCAGACGUGCAGCAGCUCUGGAAAGAGGUAACUGGAGGUAAAGAUGAAAACACAACAAAUAACCACGGAAGCCUGGACCUGUCCACUGGCUCCAUCCACUCACCUGCUCCCCUGAAGAAUUCGUUAAUAGUAAACCAUCAUGCUUCAACAAAUGGACAACAUGUGGGCAACACUCCCAAAAGAGAAUGCUUAUCCAACGAAGAUAACCCACACAGCCACCCUCUGUAUGGGCAUGGUGUAUGCAAAUGGCCUGGCUGUGAAACAAUAUGUGAAGAUUUCCAAUCAUUCCUUAAACAUCUCAACAAUGAGCAUGCCCUGGAUGACCGAAGUACAGCACAGUGCCGAGUGCAGAUGCAAGUCGUACAGCAGUUGGAACUGCAGCUUACUAAAGACAAAGACCGCCUGCAAGCCAUGAUGACACACCUGCAUGUGAAAUCAACAGAGCCAAAGCCUACCCCUCAGCCUCUGAAUCUGGUAUCCAAUGCCACUCUCUCCAAAACGGUUUCUGAAGCGUCACCACAGAGUUUACCUCACACCCCUACCACGCCGACUGCCCCCCUCACUUCCAUCAACCAGGGACUUUCAGUAAUCACACCAACGAGCAUGCACAGCACGGGCCCAUACAGAAGGCGAUAUUCAGAGAAAUACAAUAUGCCCAUCUCUCCAGAUCUUUCACAGAACAAAGAGUUUUACAUGAAUGCUGAAGUGAGACCUCCAUUUACAUAUGCUUCCUUAAUAAGACAGGGAAUUCUUGAAUCUCCUGAAAAGCAGCUAACACUAAACGAAAUCUACAAUUGGUUCACGCGAAUGUUUGCAUAUUUCAGGCGGAAUGCAGCUACGUGGAAGGGUGCCAUUCGCACCAACCUUUCACUGCAUAAAUGCUUUAUCAGAGUAGAGGAUGAGUUUGGGUCCUUUUGGACUGUUGAUGAUGAAGAGUUUAAACGCGGUCGCCACAUUCAGCGAGGCCGCCCUCGGAAACACAACACUGAGGAAGCUAUUGAUGAUCUAUUUUUACACAGUCCAACCCUUGUAAAGAAUUUACAGACCAGCCUUGCUUAUAGCACAUCUCUCAAUGCUGCUUUUCAGGCUUCAAUGGUAGAAAACAACAUACCUCUAUACACUACUGCUUCCAUGGGAAGUCCUACUCUUAGCUCACUGGCUAAUGCUAUACGAGAGGAGGUAAAUGGUGCAAUGGACCUUGCAAACAGCAUCGGAAGUGACAGCAGCCCAGGACAAUCUCCUUUUCAAGCUAUGCAUCAUAUCAAUGUUAAAGAGGAACCACUGGAUCCAGAAGAUCAUGAUGGUCCUUUGUCCCUUGUGACAACAGCCAACCACAGUCCAGAUUUUGACCACGACAGAGAUUAUGAAGAUGACCCUGGGAAUGAAGACAUGCAAUAAGCUCCUGUCGUUGUAAUCCUGAGAAUGAAGAUUGAAAGAACUAAUCAAAAUGAGCUGUAAAAUCUCUCCAAAAACAAACAAAAAAAAAAGGUCUGAAGGAUUUUCAGUCCAUUUUGACAGUUAUAAAAUGUUUUAAUUGACUUAGUGCCAUUAAAUAAAUAAAAUAUCCCAUUUGGGAGUAUUUUUUAUUUAU